UCUAGCCAAGACUAGGGAUACCCUUGUCCUGACAAACCAGGCCACGUAGAGUAACACUAGCAACAUGAACUCCAACAAAGAGGCGGCAGUUGAAGAAGUAGGCUUGGACCCCGAGGAUGGGGAAGUCACUGAUGUCUAUGUGGAUAUCCAAUGCUCACUGCAAAAUCUCGACCCGGACUCUUAUGUAGGAUCUUCACAGAGUAGCCUAAGUGAGGAUGAGGUCGAGAAUGAGGACAAUUCUGAGUUUGAUUCAGGGUCCAAGAUACAGGUGGUAGAGUCAGGAGUGGGUGUCUUUCAAGAUCACAGAAAGCAGUCUGUCUCCUCAGUCAUCGACAAAGGGGAUGUUAUGGACUGCUUACCUCUUGUCAAUGACAAGGUUAAGGAAAUGGUGCAACAGUCAACCAACCAGAUGAGCCAGGGUGCUAGAGGCCACUUAUCCUCAAAAAGCUGUAUCACCAAACAGUCUAGCCCUUGGGCAGACGCAGAGGCAGACCACAACAGAAAAAGCAGGAUGGGCAAGAGAUUGGUAGAUGUAAAGCGGGCCUCCGUGGCCCCUCUCCACCACAGGGGGUCCAAAGGAGGCAGAGCCUGCAGGACAAAGAAGAAAAAGAAAAGCACCAAAAAUAAGCAAAUAGUCCUGGAGGAUAUUCCAGACCCACCACUUAACCGUGACACAGAAUCCGAUGAAGAAAAAGAGAUGCAGGUAAUGAGAGUGACCAUUUGCUUCAAGAAUGGAGUGCAGAUCAUAUCCAGCAAUGCUAUGGAUCCCGAUGACAAAAACAAAAAAAGCAACGUCCAACCCAGGGUCGAUUUUAAUCAUAUGACUCUGCAGAUGUCUGCUCCCAUGGGUACUGGAAAGCUAGGCACCUCUUGUUCUAACAGAAAAGCAACUGUGUUCAGAGGUAAGGAACAAAGCAGGCCUCGUUACUCAGGAGCUGCUGCAGGUGGGCUACGGAAGGCCAGUUCUAAGAAGAAAUUAGCCCAGGAGAAGAAACCCCUCCAGGAUGCCCCAAGACUCACCGGGAGAAGACCUGUCCCACUGUGGGGGCAGAGACACAAGGCAGCUCCUGUGGAAACUUCCACCUUCCCUCCAAUAACCUGUGUUCCUACACUUGAGAGUUCCAAAAAAUACUCCACAACACCUCUAGAAGCCGUCGAACCUGCCCAUGGUACAUCCAGAAAGAAAGCAGUAGCAAGGAAUGUAAGGGAGGGCCUGCCGGCAGCCAGGGGAGACAGAGGCCUUGUGUGUAAAGAUGCCGUGAAGAAUUUGACAGCAAUGAACCCAACAUCAGAGUCCUACAAGGCCAAGGAAAUUCCCCAGGCCCAACUUCCAACACACAGGGCAGAGCCACCUUGCUCGUAUCAUGGAGACGUGACCAGUGGAGACCCCAACUUGAGAGCACCCCAAGUUCCAGGAAACUCCCAGCUCGUGGCCCUGAGUCAGAGAAGUGCCAGACCCAGAGCACCUGCACCGGCUGGUGACCAAAGUUCAUCUGUGGUCCCCCCACUCCCUGUUGGGGAGAAGCAUCAUCAAGCACCAAGGACACUGGGAUGUCAGCAGUGUCCCUUGCUAGAGAAAGAAGCACACAGGCUAAGAAAACAACUAGCCAUCAUGCAGGCCCUCAACGAAAAGUUCCAGGAUCGUUGACAUCAGUGUUGUGCAGUCCACAGGACCUUUGAAGUUGGAGCCGGCAUCCCUGCAGAAGAGGCCCGGCUGCCACCCAGGGAUCCCUGGGGCUAUGACCCUGCUUCUUCCUUCUACUUAUUCUACAGCCAGAGCCACCUUUGUGUCCCUGCUUUUGCCCCGUCUGCUGCUGGUAAUAGCUGUUGCACAUUAAAGUAGU